GUGAGAGAGAGAGAGAGAGAGAGAGGAUGACGACGAACGGAGAGGGAGCGGAGAUGGAGGCGCGGGGACCGCCGUCUCUGCAUCUGUCGACGCGGAAUGGCAAUUUCUUGGGGAAGCACCGCCUCUCGGCCGCCAUUUCCCGGCUCAAUCAAGAGAUCCAGUACCUCCAGGAGGAACUAAACGAACUUGAAACAAUGGGGCCUUCUUCUGCAGCAUGCAAGGAAAUCUUGAUGAGCACAGAAGGCAAACCUGAUGCCUUCCUUCCUGUCACACCAGGCCCCGAAAAUGCUGCCUGGCACCGGUGGUUCCAACGUGUACGCAGCUCUCAUAGUCGGAAAUGGUGGACACACAAAGGUUCUUCUGAUAUUCUUUAAUACUGGUGCUGUGUUUGCCAGUGCGUUAAUGAUGUGCUUAACAUGAGUACUAGAAGUAAUGGUGGCUUUGAAGUGUCGCUGGUUGCAUAUCUUAUUUACUCAAGUCUCUCGCCAUUCAAAAGCAGGAGCGUCGGUUGCAUGGUUGAAAUAUAGUCCGCUAGUUGUGCAUGUGGUGGUGCACAUUUAAGUUAUUGUGAACGGCACAAUCGUAUUGGUACGACAAGGAUGUAAUUUUAUUGAUAUUCUGGUUUUUGAUACAAACAUUUGCUCAUUGUUGUUGGCUAAAUUGCUAAAUCAAUGUUUGUAUAUGCACUAUGUUCUACCUUGUAAUUCUGGUUAUGACAAACCAUGGAUCCUCCAGUUCUGGAAAUGUAAUCUUUGUUCAAAUAGUUGCUUCUG